AGUAGAGUCCGCAAGGAGAGCUGCUAUAGAAACAAGCACCAGUUUUUGCUUCCUCAUUAUUUCGCAAGUUGCUAGUAAGAACUGUUAAAAAGUUUCUUCUGAACUGUUGAAAAGUAUUUCAAGAUGAUCUUCUUCGAUGCAUGUGCCGUGCGUGCCAUAGUCACUGCUGUCACUCUCCUAGUAGGAUUGUCGACUCCGCCCAUUCUCUUUGAUCAGACGGCUAAACUGCUUUCUUGUGGUUUUUCUUCAGGUACUGAGCUGUCCACUGCUCACAGUGACCUGAAGCUACUGUCUCAAGACAGUGAGUUUACCUUCUCUCUAGAGUGGUCCUUGUUCAAGCCAAACGGACAGUGUGCAAGUGUUAUCUGCACUAAGGCUGCCGAUAUCCUUAAUGUUGCUAGUGUGUUUGUUGCCUCUUCCUCUGAAGUCAACUCAUCGCUUGUUGAAUAUGUCUUUGAGAGAACUGAGCAGCUCUCACCUGUGUACAAUGACCUGAAGCUCUUGUCUCUGGACAGUGAGUUCACCACCUCUCUGGAUCUGGAGUGGUCCUUGUUCAAGCCAAACAGCAGGCGUUGUGUAGAAAAGACUGAUGAGCAGUUGGUUGAAGGUGUCAGAGAAUCUACUCACCUCUUCAUCAACUCAUUCCUUGACCUCAAUGUAACUACCCUCCACGUACCGAUUGCUGCACACUCUGUGACUACCCACCUACCCCUACUACCUCAGCCCAUCUAUUACGGAUUUGAGCAAAUGCUAGAAUUGGAACCCGAAUAUCCCACUGAAGUCGAUGUAACCAUCCUCCACGUACCGAUUGCUGCCCACUCUGUUACUGGGCCCUUUGUGAUGACCACCCGCCUACCUCUACUACCUCAGCCUAUAUAUUAUGGAUUUGAACAAAUGCUGGAAUUGGAAUCCGAAUAUCCCACUGAAGUCGAUGUAACCAUCCUCCACCUACCCGUUGCUGCCCACUCGGUUACUGGGCCCUUUGUGAUGACCACUCGCCUACUACCUCAGCCCAUCUAUUAUGGAGUUGAGCAAAUGCUGGAAUUAGAACCUGAAUAUCCCACUGAAGCCGACUCUGGUAGUCUGGCCCACCUCAAGCAACUCAAACUGUACAUCCGUGAACUGAUACUCAACUCUCUACCAACUCAUUGGGCCGAAUGGAUUGCACAUAAUCGACUCACUCUCGGGUUGAUCUGUGUGAGUGUGAUGUACGGGUCUCUACUCUGUCCCAUUCUCCACUACUUCUGGACUCAGAACAAUGUCAGCAAGAGACUGUCAAAGGAUCACAAGGUUGUAUGUGGACUUAAACUGUCUGUGGACAUGCAACUCUGUAAAAUGACAAUGGAAAAGAAUGCACUGAACGAGAAGAGUGCUGUGCAGUUGAAAGAGCUGGAAGACUUGAAGACACAGUUGAGGCAAUGUCAGCUGCGGGAGAUGGAGGCACAGGAGAAGCUGGUCUUGACCAAGAAUGAACUAAGAAAGGAGAAAUGGGCUGGAGGAGAUAGCAGAAGACUAAUCUACUCUGAGAAUGCAAAGAUUGUGGCAAAAGUUAAUGGAAAGCUACAGAAGGCCCUAACUAGUCUGUCUUUCAGCCAAAUAGCUGAAUGUAACGCUCUCCUAAAAUUGAGAUCGGUGGAGAAGCAACUGGAGGAGGAGAAACAGCAACGAAACAACAAAGAAAUGUCAUCCUCACAACUAUUUGCUGAACUCCAGCAAGAUCUACAGAAGACUAAACGUGUACUGAAAGGAAACCUUGAGGUUACUCAACAGAAACUGAGACUGGCCACUGACAAGGCAAUUCAACUCAAGAUAAGAUUAUCAGAUUCACUGAUGACUGAUUCAGGCAUAGAUGCAAAAGACAGUGGGAUAUCUCUAUCAGACAAAAGCAGACAAUAAUUUUGUAAUCCGACUGCAAUUGUGGACUGAGCCUGAACUGAUUGAUUUGAACCCAGUAUUUUGUGUGUAGUAUUAUAAGUGUAGUCAAGAGUUCCUAAUGAACUCUUGGUGUAGUAUAAUUAUUUGUUUACAAUUUACACUUUGAAUUGCAACUGAAGAGAU